UUUAUUAUCUACAUGCAAGGAAACGUCAUUAAUAUCAAAUGUCAUUAAAAUUUGAAAACAUCAAAGAGUAAGUAUAACAUUUGCGUCUGCAUUCGUUUUGUUUGGACUUUUCCAUUUUGAUCAAAAAAAUAAAGACACUCUUUGACUAAACAUAUAAAUAAAAAUAAUGGGCACAGUGGAAUUACUAGGCGAUGACUGGGACCUACCUUGUUCAGACGAUGAGGUAUCUAAAACCGGUAUGUUUAUUGGCAAAAACUGGAUUCCGGAACCAGCUGAACUAGAGGAGCUAUACAAAGCUCUGGAUAAAACUGGAACAUUGCCGUUAGAGUGGAAAUGUCCCGGUCGGAGACCACCUUCACCGGCACCUGUUAGUAAAGAAAACCAACCAGAAAUUCCAGCGUCGCCGAUAAGAGAAGAGAAAUCAGAUUUCGAUUUUAUGGAUGAAGUGAGUUCGUUGCGAUUACGCGUGCGUAGUAAAGGAGAGGACACUUUGAGAGGUUCAGCAAAGAAGAAGACGACAUCAUUUGAUGGCAUUCUGUCUAAUAUGAUAAGGCAUAAGAGGAUUGAACAGAUGGAGAAGCAAGCCAACACUUCCCCAUCAACACCAUCAUCCAGUGGCAGUUGAUUAGAGGAUGCCAGUGAUACUAGUGACUAAAGUUGAGCCCAGUGACUGAAAGUGGAAGUGACCUUUAAUGGAUAUAAAUACAAUACAGCAUCUUGCAGUGUUGUAUUUUCAUUAUUGCUGAACACAAACUAAUUUUAGUGCAUUUCUAACACAUAAUAAAUUAGAAUUUAUUAUAUUUGUCAACUACAACAACCAUGUUUAAUGUGUUGUUUGUAUAAACAUAUGUAAAUCUACACAAAACUCACAUGUGUUUGCUGUUGUCUCAUACAGCAGCAGUCAAGAGGUUGAGGGAUUAUAAUUAUUAUGAUGUAUUAUCAAAUUAAACUGUCAAACACCAAGCGGUCACCGGUGACCGCAACCUAUUGUUC